CUGAGCGCGGUUCAGAACUCACACGGCUGGAAGACAGGCAGGUUCUCUGUCUGUAGUUCCAACAUGGAGAAAUUAUAUUCGUCUCUAAUCCUCAUUCUACUAAUCUCUUCUGUAUCCGCGCAACAUUUUAUAUCUGCAGAAUGGCAGGCAGACCCUUUUAUUGUUCGAUCUGCCAGAUACAACAGACAGUUUCAGAAUCCUGGUAGCCAUUGCUCCCCCUCACCCUGCGGGGAGAACACAGAGUGUAUGGUCAACAACCAGGGGAACCCUAUUUGUAGUUGUAUAUCCGGGUACGUGCCUAAACCUAGUCCUGUGGAUGGAUGUUGUCCUCCAGAGCAGAAUUUAGGUUCUCCGGUUAUACUUCAGAACAGGCUGGGAGGAGGUCCAGCACAUCUUUCUCUAGGAGCUAGACAACAGUCCGAUCCUUGUAGUCCUUCUCCAUGUGGGCCUGGAACCACAUGCUCCGUGAACCGGGAUGGGAACCCAGAGUGUAGAUGUCAACCUGGAUACACCCCCAACCCUGACACUAUCACCGGAUGCAAACCAGAGUGUAACAUCGACCCGGACUGUCGGAUGGGUUUCGUUUGCAGAUCCAAUAGUUGUGCUAAGAAACCAGAUCCAUGUCAACCCAACCCAUGUGGUCCUGGAGCAAGGUGUUCGGUUAACUCUGCAGGGAAUGCUAUAUGUCAAUGUGAGCCUGGAUUGAUCCCAAAACCUGAUACAAUUACUGGUUGUGGUCCAGAGUGCACCAGAGAUCCAGACUGUCAAAGAGGUUUUGUUUGUCAGAGCCAAAGGUGUGUAGAAAAACCAGAUCCCUGUGACCCUUCUCCAUGUGGACCUGGAGCACAGUGCUCUGUCACAGGAACUGGAAAUGCAAUUUGUAGAUGUGAAUCAGGACUAAUUCCAAACCCGGAUACUAUUACUGGUUGUAAACCCGAAUGUAUCCGGGAUCCGGAUUGUCAGUCUGGCUUUGUCUGCCAGAGUCAGAGAUGUGUUGAAAGACCAGAUCCUUGCUUCCCCUCUCCUUGUGGACCUGGAGCUGUGUGCACUGUAAACUUUGGUGGAAACCCAAUCUGUAGAUGUGAACCCGGAUUAAUUCCUAAACCUGAUACUAUUACAGGAUGUGGACCAGAAUGCAUCCGGGAUCCAGAUUGUGAAUCUGGAUUCGUCUGUCAGAGCCAGAGGUGUGUGGUCAGACCUGAUCCUUGCAACCCUUCUCCAUGUGGACCAAACACCAACUGUAUGGAGAACACUCUUGGAAACCCGAUUUGUCGAUGUUUACCAGGGUACCUACCCAUGCCGGACACCAUCUCCGGUUGUAAACGAGAAUGUGAGGUUGAUCCAGACUGUAGGAAUGGAUUUAUCUGUCAGAGCUACCUGUGUGUAGAGAAACCUAAUCCCUGUGAUCCAUCUCCUUGUGGUCCAAACACUGAAUGUUCCAUCACCUCCUCAGGAAACCCAAUUUGUCGUUGUCUGCCGACCUAUAUUCCUAAACCGGACACUAUUACAGGUUGUUCUAGGGAGUGUGAGACGGAUAGGGAAUGUAACGGAGACAAUAUUUGCCAGAACUAUCAAUGUGUUCCUAGACCAGAUCCCUGCCAACCUACUCCAUGUGGUCCCAAUACAGAGUGCAAUGCAAACAGACAAGGCAACCCUGUAUGUACUUGUCUACCUGGAUACUCUCCUCAACCUGACACAAUCACAGGAUGCACCAGAAUUGAGGCUAGAACUCCACCACCAGAUCCAUGCAGUCCUUCUCCAUGUGGUAGGAACACUAGGUGUGAGGUAAAUAGGUUGGGAAACCCUGUUUGUCAAUGUCUCGUUGGAUAUAUCCCAAUGCCGGAUACAAUCACAGGAUGUGAAGAAGAACCAAAUCCCUGUGAUCCUAAUCCUUGUGGUCCUGGAGCUGAUUGUAGAGCUCAGGGUAGGCAAGCUGUGUGCUCGUGUCCUGCUGGAUAUAAAGGAGACCCCUAUGCGUUCUGUAAGCGCGGAGACUGUGAAUAUGAUCGCGAAUGCUCCAGUAGCCUCGCUUGCUUUGAUUACAAUUGCCGAGAUCCUUGUAUUGGAACAUGUGGACGUAACGCAAACUGUGAGGUUCGAGAUCAUCGUCCUAUCUGCUCUUGUCCUCAGGGGUUCACCGGAGACCCACUUUCAUCCUGCGACCGUCAGAUUGUUGUUGGAGGCCGUCAGACCGCACCCGUUAGACAAGAACCUCGUCAAAGUAUAGUGAUCGGUCAGCAGUAUAGUCAACUGAGAGAUGAGCCGGUCAGUCGGAGUGUGGUUGGAGGCAGGUAUACUCCAAAGAUAGAGGAACCAUUAGCUAGACAUGUAGUAGGGAGCAGAUACACCAGCUCAGGGGGCUCAGGUGGACCUUGUGGUUCGUCCUGCAGUCAGGGACGAUCAGCUCCAAGCUCCGUGGUUGUGGUCGGAUCAGGAGGAAGAAGAAAGAGAGAUUUGAGAGCAUUAGCUACUAUAUUUCAACUUACUAAGUUUUUUGCAACAGUAGGCAGAUAAACAGAAGAAGAGAUAUAACACAAUAGACAAUUAAUACUUUCAGCGCCUCACCACCCCCCUCCCGUUCUUUGGGAAGGGUCUCUUAAUAAUAAUAUAAUGUGAUAUGAAUGACAGUAGAUUAAUGCCGAAUAUGAAUUCACUAAUAUUGCUCACCGAACCGAACUAGAAAAAAUAAAAAAAGCGUAUAAUUAUUCAUCCUGUUUUUUUAGCACGUGUUUCCUGUCAUGCUUCUGAUUAAUUGUAGUUCUUUACAAUUUUCACAAUUAAAAUAAAUUUGCAUUGUCUUCAUUCA